AAAGUGUUUUCUCUCAUUCUUGUGUCUUCUCUCUGGAGUUCAAGUCGCUGUGUAGUUCUAGACUGCGGGUUACCGAAAUAGCUUAGGAAUCGUAUAUAGCGUUCAACCUACACGACUUAUCAGUGGCGACGGGGAUGAAAACUUCAAUGAAUAUUUCCUUGGAGCAAUUAGAAGCUUAUAUGGUGCGUCAAGAAAAGAGGUUUGAAGAGUCCCAUAUUAGAAUCAUGGAAACCCUGAUGCAGAAAUUCUGCCUGUCCGAGAAAAACCCUGCUUCUAGUGAAUCUCAAGUAUCACAUACUGAUUCAGUCAUUAACGCCAUCCAUGAAUUUAAUUUUGAUGGUGUAGCAGGUGUAACUUUCGAGUCGUGGUUUAAGAAGUAUGAAGAUUUGUUUUAUAUUGAUCUUUGCAAACUGGAUGAUGCUUCAAAAGUCAGAAUACUUCUUAGAAAACUUGGGACUAUGGAACAUGAACGCUAUAGCAACUUCAUUCUUCCGAAGAACCCACGAGAUUUUAGUUUUGAUGAUACAGUCAAAACCCUAUCCCAAAUAUUCGGAGAACAAUCAUCUCUAUUUAAUAUCCGUUACCAGUGCUUAAAGUUAACAAAAGAACCAGGAGAUGAUUGGGUAAAGCAUGCAGGAACUGUGAACCGAGAAUGUGAGAGGUUUAGAUUGUCGUCCAUGUCUGAAGAUCAGUUUAAAUGCUUAGUAUUUAUCUGCAGCCUGCGUUCACCCGAAGAUGCCGAUAUCCGAACCAGAAUCCUAAGCAAACUCGAACACUGCCCUAAUAUGACCCUGCAAGAAGUGACUACUGAGUGCCAAAGGUUAGUAAACUUAAAGCAUGAUACCUCAAUGGUAGAAAACGGUAACUGUUUCCGUAACGUCAAUGCAGUCAAGAGAAAAGUCUUUCAAGGUUCCAGUACCCAUAAUUUCCAAAAUAACAGCGACAAACCAUCAUCUCCAUGCUGGGCAUGUGGAGGUUGGCACUAUAAGAGGUUUUGCCCAUAUAAAGAACAUCGUUGCAGCAAAUGUCAUCGGAAGGGGCAUAAAGAAAACUUCUGCAGGAGAAGAGACUAUAGAAAACGUUCCGUGAAAUCUUACUCAAAGAAAUACAGAUAUAGUGCUCCAACCAACAAGAUAUUGGUAUCACAUAACAGAGCACGAAGUUGCCACCAAAGAAAGUAUGUGACCUUGAAUAUUAAUAAACACCGUACCCGCCUUCAGCUGGAUACAGCUUCUGAUAUUACUUUAAUCAGCCCAGAAACGUGGAAGAACAUUGGGAGACCCACAGUUUUCCCAACAACACAGCUGGCACACAGUGCAUCUGGGGGGAAGUUGAAUAUUGUUGGAGAAGUGCCAUGCACUGUUUCUAAAGGUACGGUAACAACAAAUGCAACAUUGUAUCUUACUAAGAAGCCAGCACUAGACUUAAUGGGGUUGGACCUUAUAGAAACACUUAAACUAGCAGAUCAUUCUAUCAACAGUAUCUGCAGACGAGUAAGUACAGACAACACUCCAGAAUGGAAUCAGAAAAACGCCAUGCUACAGAAACACCAAAACGUGUUUAGAGAAGGGUUGGGAGAAUGUACGAAAGCCAAAGCACUGUUAACUCUAAAGCCUGCAGCUGUUCCUGUUUUCCGACCUAGGAGACCCGUACCAUAUGCUGCUCUACCAGUGGUUGAACAAGAACUAGAAAGACUUCAGAAACUAGGUGUCAUUGAACCAGUGAAUUUCUCAGAAUGGGCCUGCACCGAUAGUAGUAGUAAAGAAGACUAAUGGUAGCGUCCGUUUAUGUGCCGAUUACUCAACCGGGUUGAAUGAAGCCUUAGAAACUCAUCAGUAUCCAUUACCCUUACCUGAAGAUCUUUUUGCUAAACUGAACGGAGGUAAGCAUUUUGCAAAGUUGGAUUUAUCAGAAGCUUAUUUACAAAUCCCUGUUGCUGACGAGUCUAAAAACCUGCUUACCAUAAAUACACACAAGGGUCUAUUCCGGUAUAAUCGAUUACCCUUUGGAGUCAAGACGGCCCCAUCCAUAUUUCAGCAAAUAAUGGAUACUAUGCUACAAGAUGUUUCAGGUGCUGCAGCUUACCUAGAUGAUAUAAUAAUUAUGGGAGUAGAUAGAGUAGACUUAGAAAAGAAGCUUGACCAGGUGCUGACGCGAAUAGCCGAAUAUGAACUUCGACUUCGUCCAGAGAAAUGUGACUUCUGUAUGCAAAAAGUACGCUACCUUGGAUUUAUAAUCGACAAAGAUGGAAGAAGACCAGAUCCGGAGAAUACCCAGGCAGUGAAAACUAUGCCCAGACCGACGGAUGUCCCCACACUACGAUCCUUCUUGGGACUAGUUAGCCAUUAUGGAGCUUUUAUUCCAAACCUUCAUCAAUUACGUGCCCCCCUGAAUAACCUUCUUGUGAAGAAUGUAAAAUGGAAUUGGUCUGCAACUUGCCAAGCCGCUUUCGAUGAAAUCAAGAAAGUACUAGUCUCGGAUCUGCUGCUCACCCAUUACGAUCCAUCCUUACCCAUUGUAGUGGCAUCAGACGCAUCAAACUACGGCAUUGGAGCAGUUAUUUCUCACAUCAUGCCAGAUGGAUCAGAGAAAGCGAUAUCACAUGCGGCUAGAUCGUUAACGUCAGCAGAACGUAACUAUAGUCAGAUCGAGAAGGAAGCAUUGUCGAUUAUCUUCGCUGUAAAGAAGUUUCACAAGAUGAUAUUUGGACGUCAGUUCACCCUAUUAACUGACCAUAAACCAUUACUAGCCAUCUUUGGGUCGAAGAAAGGUAUACCUGUAUACACCGCAAACAGACUGCAACGAUGGGCAACCACACUUCUGGGUUACGACUUCAAGAUUAAGUAUCAGUCUACUACCGCUUUCGGGCAAGCUGACGCAUUGUCGAGAUUAAUAGGCUCCCAAUCGAAAACCCCGGAGGAGACUCUUGUAGCAAAUAUAAAAGCCGAGGAAGAAGUUCAUCGCGUGUUGGAUGACGCAGUUAAUGGACUCCCAGUAACCUUUGAAACUAUCAAGAAGAUAACUGAAAGUGAUAAGAUACUGAGCUCAGUUAAAUGCUAUCUCUUGACCAAAUGGCCAAACAAUCGCCUCGACGGAGAACUUUUGCAAUAUUUUCGUCGACGGGACUCUCUAAUGGUUGUUGACUCCUGUAUUAUGUUCGGUGAUCGAAUUGUUAUUCCGAAGUUAUUACGUCACAAGGUUCUCAAGCAGUUUCACAGUGGCCAUCCUGGAAUCAGUAAAAUGAAAUCUUUGGCUCGUAGCUAUGCUUAUUGGCCGUCAAUGGACAAAGAUAUCGAGAAUAAAUGCCGUAACUGUUCAUCAUGUAUUCAAGCCGCUAAAAAUCCUUCGAAAUGCGAACCUCAGUGUUGGCCUAUGCCCGCGGGACCCUGGGUAAGACUUCACGCAGAUUUUGCCGGUUCAAUCCAAGGGAAAAUGUUUCUAAUUAUCGUAGAUGCAUUCACUAAAUGGCCGGAAGUAUACAUCAUGCCAAAUUGUACUACGUCAGAAACGAUCCGCAAGUUGUCUACCCUAUUUAGCAGUUUCGGAGUGCCAGAGACCUUAGUGACGGAUAACGGCUCUCAGUUUGCCGCAGAAUCGUUUAAACAUUUCUGUAGAACGAACGGAAUAAAUCAUCUUCGUUCUCCACCCUAUCAUCCACAAUCAAACGGACAAGCAGAGCGCUUUGUGGACACUUUUAAACGAGCAUUACUGAAAGGGGGAGGAGAAGGGACGACUGAGCAGGUGAUCACAAAAUUUUUAACAUCAUACAGAUCCACCCCAAACCCAAAUGUUCGAGACGGCAAAUCUCCCGCGGAAGCCAUGUUUGGAAGGCGUAUUCGAACAGUCUUCGAUGCCAUGUUGCCAUCCAAACUAGUGGAUGAGCGUAGUCGCGAUCCAAGUAUCCGGAACUUCAGUAUUGGCGACAAAGUCUACAUUAAAUCAUACAUCGGGAAGAACCGAUGGGAGCCGGGCGAAGUCGUGCAAAAACUGGGAAGAGUACUGUACAAAGUUCGAGGAGCUUUUGGGACAUGUAUACGUCACACAAAUCAAAUCCUUAAGGACAAAAGAACGGUGCAGACGCGAAGUAACCGGCCGACUUUCCCGUUAGAUUUAAUCUUAGACGCACCAAUGCCACAAACGCCCAGGAACACUGAAAAGAAGUCUUGGACAAGAAAGACGACAAGAAUAAUGGGACGCCGUCGCAAUCCAGUUAUCAAACUACAAGUAGAUCCCAGAAAGAAAUCUUAUUCGGGGGAGGUGUUGGGUCGGCUUCCGGAGAACUUCAACGGAGCCUCCAGAGGCCCACAAGGAGCCGAAGAGUCCUGGCCAAUCAGAGUGUGAUGGAACGUUCUAGAAUUCCAACGUGGCGUGCUACUAUUGGUCGGUAGCAUAAUGUGUUGUUAUCAGAUUGGCUGUAAAAUGAUGUUGAUUUAACAGACGCCAAAAUCUAUAAAUACCCAUGAUUUUCUGUACAAAGAUGAACCUUGGAAUAAAGUGUUUUCUCUCA